AUGACUACCUCAAAAUCACUAACAAUCAGCUUCCAAUCAUCUUUAGGGGAAACCAAGGAUUACUACAGCUCAAAUUCCGUCGAUAGGUCUGAAAUUCAUGACACCAAUGUAGUCGAUAUACUCACAUCGGAGUUUCUCAGUUCCUUGACUACUUCAGGGUUGCCUAACCAUCUCAUUAGGUUGAAGGUAGGAACACCUGUUAUGCUUAUGCGUAACAUAGAUCAGUCGGAGGGUUUGUGUAACGGCACUAGGGUAAUGAUAACUAAGAUGGCAAACCAUGUCAUCGAGGCGAAAAUAAUGGCGGGAAAGUGUUGUGGAAACUUGGUCUACAUCCCUCGAAUGGAUAUGUCUCCCUCACAAUCCCCUUGGCCCUUCAAACUCAAACAGCGUCAAUUUCCAAUAAUUGUCUCAUAUGCAAUGACGAUCAAUAAAUCUCAAGGACAGUCUCUGGAUAAAGUAGGACUUUUUUUGCCACGAGACGUCUUCACUCAUGGCCAAAUAUAUGUGGCCCUGUCAAGGGUCACAACCAAGCAAGGAAUAAAAAUCCUGGUAUAUGACGAAAACGACAGGUUGAAGUCUACUACUGCAAAUGUUGUGUAUAAAGAUAUUUUCAACAAUAUAUAA